AAGAACUCUUGAAAGGCGUGAAAUAUGCACACGACCCCAAAGUAUUAUUGGAAUAAUGCAAUACUCCGAAAGGCAGUAUAUAAACUGCUCAACGCCAUUGUGGAGCUAUCAAUCACAGUUUGAAAAUCAAACAGAGUUUUAAUAAAAAUUUCAAUUUUAUCGUAAAUUUGAAGACAAAACUUAGUCAAAAUGCCUUGCAAAGGAUGUGGUAAUGACUGUAAAUGCACUGCCCAAAAAUGCGGUGACAAUUGUGCCUGUGACCAAAACUGUCAUUGCCCCUGCAAAACUGGUUCCAAGGAUGACUGCUGCAAAAAGUAAAUGGAUGAGUAAAAAAAUGCAUUGAAUUGAUUUGGAACAAUCGUUUUUUUCUGUGCAGGAACUAGAAAUGGCAAAAUGAUUGUUUUUUUGUGAAAAAAUGAAUAAAUAAAUCAGUGAAAAAAUUAAAACAAUGUUGAAAUUCGAUUUUCAUAGAAUUUCAUUCAUCAAAAUUCGAAAA